UUCAGUAAAUACAGAUUACAAACACUAUAUUUACCCUAGUUGUCAAUGUUCCUUCCGCAUGGGCUUGCUUGUCAAGACUUCAUAGUAUGGGGAUGUAAAAGGUUAUUCACCCUAUUUAAUUUCGUCGAAAAGACAAUAAUUAGGUUCCCAAAUCCCCCAAUUCGCAAACAGUAAAACUAGGGAUGGCAACAAAACCCGAACCCACGGGUACACACCCGACCCAACCCGGUCAAUACGGGUAAAAUCCGUGUUGACGGGUUUUGGGCCGGGUUUGGGUUUAAACCCGCUACAUUAUUUACUAGGUCGGGUUGGAUUUGAGUUUAGGUAAACCCGCCCCAUGGAUACCCGCUCACACACAUAUAAUUACUUUUCCGGUAUAUUUAAUAUUCUAAAUAAUAUAUCUUCCUCAAAUAACUAAUAUUCUUUAUGUUUGUGGAGACAUGUAUAAUUUGUUCUUUCUAAUUGUUUAGAAUGAAGUUGAUAUUAUGAAGUGGAGAGUGAAGAAACUUAGUUGACGAGGAAGAAACUUUCAAUUAAUCUUAUUGUUUAUAGAUGUUUAUUUUUAAUUUGGAACAAUUUGUAUUGAUCAUUUGCGGUUUGCUUGUAUGCUUUAGAUUGGUGUUUUUGUAUGAGAAAAUUGAUGUUAAACUUUGAUUUUGAAAGAAACUUGUUAUUGUAAAUUUUUUACCACAAAAACACACGGGUACCCAUGAACUCGCGAAUACAUAGCUAGUUGGGUUUGAGUUUUUCAAACCCAACGGGUUUUACCCCGGAUUUUUUUGGCAAAUAAACCCAUGGGUUUGGGUUUGACAAAACCCGCCCCAACCCGAUCAUUGCCAUCCCUGGUAAAACCCCCGACUCUGAAUCUGUGAAGAUUGACGGCGACACGGCUCCCACUCUUCUUCUUAACUCCCCGGCGCCGGCCCUCAUAGAAGAACUAAAACCCGCCUUUCUCCACCGCGCGUCUCGCCGGCGACAAGUUGAACAUCCGAAUCUAAUCUCGCCUCGUCGGGCCGAGAGUCCAGGUUAGUCGAAUACUAUAAUGCCCUUUACAAUUGAUCUAGUUGGGUUAUUUAAUGUGGAUGUGGUCAAUCUUCGUCCGAAUGUUGACCCACAAGUGGCCCAGUGACGAACUGACAAUGCCUUACCAGUGGUCGGACCGUGUCCGAUAUCAUCACACGAUACUUUUAUUAUUUUCCUUCCUUCGUUGAAAAGGAAGAAGAGCAGCCGGGUCGCCGGGAAUUAUAUAGAGGCGCCGUUCUCUUCUUUUUUCCAUAGUUCACGGCGGGGAGACAAGAUUUUGCUUUGCUUCACCCCAAAAGAAAUAUCUUUCUUCAAUUAAUUAUCGCUAAUUUUCCAUUGUUUAAUCGCAAAAUCUCGGAAUCUUCAUUUCUAUCUUCAUCCACCCUUCCCAAUCUCUCUGAUUGCUGAACGGUAAAAAGGCAAAAGAGGAAAGAAAGUCUCCCCCCUCACUGCCAUUUUCCCCCCUUUCAAGAUCUGGUAAGCUAGAGCCCGUUUCUCUUCGCUUUCUCGGAUUUGGGGUUUUGCGAUGUGUUGUGUUUUGGCUGCGUAGGGAGUGAGAAAGUUAGUAUCUUUACGGCCUGACGCUGCUUAUCCUGUUUGUUUCCUGGCUUGUCGCAGAUUACACCGUGAGAGGGUUCCUGGGUCUGGUUCUGAGAGAUUGUUUGCGGGUGUUUGCUUGUUUGACGGUAGAGAGGAAUGGGGUACAUAGGGUCCCAUGGAGUUGCAGCUCUUCAUAGACACAAGUACAGCGGAGUCGAUAACUCCUUGCUUGCCAAAUAUGUCUUGCAGCCCUUCUGGACACGAUGCGUUACCUUCUUCCCUCUCUGGAUGCCACCAAACAUGAUAACACUGACAGGAUUCAUGUUCUUGGUUACUUCGGCAUUGCUUGGUUAUAUAUAUUCACCCCAUUUGGAUACAGCUCCACCAAGAUGGGUUCACUUUGCACAUGGAUUAUUGCUGUUUUUGUAUCAGACAUUUGAUGCUGUUGAUGGAAAGCAAGCAAGAAGAACAAAUUCUUCCAGUCCAUUGGGGGAACUGUUUGACCACGGAUGUGAUGCCCUUGGUUGUGCAUUUGAAGCCAUGGCUUUUGGUAGCACUGCAAUGUGUGGAAGAUACACAUUCUGGUUCUGGGUCAUCUCUGCUAUUCCAUUUUAUUUGGCAACAUGGGAACACUUUUUCACCAAUACCCUCCUUCUUCCGGCAAUUAAUGGGCCUACGGAGGGUCUGAUGCUCAUAUACGUCGCUCAUUUUUACACUGCUUUAGUUGGUGCUGAGUGGUGGAUUCAAGAUUUUGGGAAGUCUUUGCCUAUUGUGAGCUGGGUACCAUUCAUUAGUGAAAUUCCAACUUUCAAGGCAGUGCUUUACUUAAUGAUAGCUUUUGCUGUGAUUCCUACACUUAUCUUCAAUGUGUUAAAUGUUCACAAAGUUGUUCAGGCUAGAAAGAGCAGCAUGCCACUGGCAUUAGCAAUGCUUUACCCCUUCUUCGUGCUGAUGGGAGGAGUCCUAGUUUGGGAUUAUUUGUCUCCAUCAGAUAUAAUGGGAAAUUAUCCUCACCUAGUGGUUCUGGGAACUGGAGUAGCAUUUGGAUUUCUUGUGGGGAGAAUGGUUCUUGCUCACUUGUGUGAUGAACCCAAGGGAUUGAAAACCAACAUGUGCAUGUCCUUGCUGUAUCUACCCUUAGCCAUUGCCAAUGCGCUCACAGCAAAACUGAACGAUGGAGUUCCCUUGGUGGAUGAGUUGUGGGUUCUUCUGGGUUACUGUUCAUUCACAGUGGGUCUCUAUCUGCACUUUGCUACUUCAGUCAUUUAUGAAAUUACCACUGCCUUAGGGAUCAACUGCUUCAGGAUAACGAGAAAGGAAGCUUGAAACAUCCAGUUUCGGACGUUGUAUGUCCCUCCAUCCUUCAUUUCAAUGCAGACCUAGUGCGUUUCUGUAUCUGCAACUAUCUUUAACAACCAAAUGCAUUACAUUUUUUUCAGGGUGGUUCAAAAUAGUGCAAGAAACUCUGGGCAGCAGAAUUAUAGCUUUUGAUGAUGCAGAUGUAUCAACUUAAUGGAGUUGAGGGAGGAAGCAAGACAGCAACCAUGGGAAAUGUGUUUCAGGAUUUUUUGUCUGAUUAAAUGACACAGGGUUUUGUAAGCGGUUUAAAAUGCAUAACCGUUCUCCUUAACAGUGUAGGGGGACGAGAUGCUAUUGAAUCCUCGUAGUUGGGUUUGUUUAGGUUACUUUUGAGGCAUAUGGAACUGAGAUCAUCUCAAAUAUUGCUUCUUUUCUAGGCUUUCAUUUCUAAAGCAGUAUAACUGUUUUUCUGGCAGUUCAUCAGCUCUUCUGCUUCCGUUUUCUGUUACCCCGUCAAUGUGAUUUCAGUUGUAAGUGGCCUCCUUAAAAGCACCCUUUUGGGGCAGUUAGGCUCGUAGAUGGUUAGUCGUUGCAAUCGGUAGUGGAAGUAACUCAAAACAGAGGGGAUGCAUGUAAGAGAACACAACGGAUUAUGUGAAAGAUGAGGCAUUUACAAGAGUUAUCAACAUAUGAUAUCAGCAGAUUUUACAAAGGGAGG